AGAAAAUCAUUUUCAAAUCGCUACUAUCGGGUACUGUCUUCUGAUAAACCUUUUUCAGCUACCCCGCAGCACUACCUAGUACAAGUACAGCCUAGUACAAUCUGGACCGUUAAAAAAAUGUCAAUGUGAGGCUGUAGCCCUUGUCUGUUGUAUCAACCGAGCGCAUUACAUCAAUCUUGUUGGUUGUAUCCCGACUACCCUUUAACGUGAAUACUUAUUUGUUCCUCGUACACCCUCCGAAAUAGUAAUAGACGCACUAUGAUCCAACACUCUAGUGAAUGAAAAACCCGCACCCGCGACGAUGUUGACUUGGUACAACAAGCUGCUUCUCUUGCUGCGUCAGCUAGCGCUCUUCGUGGGUACUAUCGUCAUCCUCGAGCAGCCAUGUGGCUGCCAAAAAGCGUUAGCCUGUCGUCUCGCUAUCUACGCAGGGCAGGAGCGGGAAGAGACGGCAUCCGCGCUGUUUCUCGGUGGUCCGGAGCGCCCCAACGCGUUGGACCAGCAAGCCAAUGCGAGGACGGUGGCGUUUCUGUAUAGAGUUUGUGGCUUUGCACUUACUGUUCGGUGCUCGUUUUCUAAGUUUUUCAUUCUGCAUCUACUUAUUCUUACACGAAGGAGCACCUCAUGGAAAUAAAAUAAAUCUGCAACUACACAUUGUCAGUGGCGACGCGCCCGACAGCUUAUUUUGGGACCCGGCGUUGUUCUUCCAGCGCAAUCACGCGGUGAACCAUAUGGCGUUCUCAAACGUUACAUUCUCAACUGUUACAUGAUUUGCCAUGUAAAACUCUCAUCAAUAUCACCAUCAUCAAGCUGCUUCGCAUGGAUGACAAAUUUUCGAAGGGCUCAAGAGCAUCCUAAUCUGUGCCGAACCUGUAAACAAAAGGCGUAAUCUUCACCCUUGCACUUUUGCCAGUCUUACAUUACAAAUUCGUGUAACAGUUGAGAAUGUAACGUUUGAGAACGCCAUAAACCAAGACGGUUGGGGCGUCGGGUGGUACAGCAAGCGGAAUGCCGCGAAGCGCUACCGCGACUGGGAGCCCGCGGUGGACGUCCAGCGGCACAUCCACGAGGAGGCGGCGUCCUAUUUUUCGGACGCGCCCCCGGAAAAGAGCAUCGUGUACACCAACCGCACGAAUUCUGAACUAACGGCCUUCUCGCAAAACAUCAAGAGUCCCGUAUCAAUUGUAAAAAUGUCUGGGUCUGGAAGAAUGGAAGGUUUGUCAUGCUUGUCUGGCAUGACCCAUGGUGCUUGUAAUGCAUGACCCAGCAUCACAGAUUUUUGGAAAGCUUCCUGAUGCCAUUUCCGCAUGACAAAUGCCCUCCUCGCGUAGCACAAAUGUGGCUCCUCUUGCUGGUCAUGCAUACAGAUUUUUUUAGAGUCCAGAGUUAGCAUCACAAGUUCCAACUUUCCAGACCCAGACAUUUUUACAUUUGAUAUCCCGUGCUUUUCGGCCAUUUGAGAGCAUCGUCAAAAGGAGCUGGAGCUGCCGCUAGUACUUCUUCCCAAGAAGAUAACCCAGGUGCAACCUCGCAGCCUGUCGGAGAUUUGCAACGGGUCAAUACCCACCCCUUUGUGUACAACGGCAUCCUUUGGAUGCACAAUGGCAGCUUGCCCAAGCACGUCAUGGAUCAGCUAAAAUCCCGGCUGCUCUGUGAGCCGAUGCGCGCCAAUUUGGUGAACGGAGACACGGACUCCGAGCACUUGGGCGCCUAUGAAAGCGUCAGAAUGGAAAUCCUCAAAGUGGAAAUAAUUUGUGAUGCAUGAAAUGCAAGGCGAAAAGGCAAUAUUGCAGAGGACGCACUGGAGGCCGACUAUUGUCCUACUGGGGGGUAAGAAUUGGAGUGCUGCUUAGCACGACAGAAGGGCACCCCCUUGCCUUGACCUGCAUGACAGACAUGAUUUGAGUGCCCGGGAAAUUUGUCAUGCGCCGGCUACAAAUAAUGGCGCUUCAACUGGAGUCGUUUUUUUGCAUUACAAAUUAUUUCCACCUUGAGGAUUUCCAACCUGAGGCUUUCAUAGCGCCUACUUUGUCCAGGAAUUGAUCCAGAACGACCAGACCAAAGAGCCCACAGUGGAGAACUUCUGCGCACCACGCGGCAGUCCGGCGUUCACACCGACGACCACGACAACGACAACGACUACCACCACGACCACGACGACGUCCAGCAGUGAAACGGAAGCUCCUUCUCAGGAAGUAGACGCAGCAGAGGCUGCUGGUGGUGGGGAUGGCGCAACAGAGACUACUACGCUAGCACCAGAAGUGGCAGCAGACGCUGCUACCGCUGCUCCCACGCCAGACCCCGCGACCCUUGCGGCAAUAAAAGAGAUCGAGGACGCAGCGAAGGUAAACACUUUCUACACCGUUUUUGAGCUGGUCACGGCGUUGCGAAACACGUUGCGCACCAUCGUGGAAGUCGGCGGUCCGGAGGCCAGCAGCAUCAACCUCGGCGUGUCCGAUGGAAAUACGGUUUUGGCAUCGAGGUUUGUCGUGUUGGAAUUUCUGAUAUGUACUGCAGAGUUACUUGUUAGAAAUAGAAUAUACAAGAGGAGCCAUAGUCACAGUGACAAUUGAAGUACAUGGUUCUGACAUGAAUUUGUUGUUCCUGUACUCAGUCUUGUGGACGAGUACUCACAGUUUCCCGGAUGAAAAAAUUGUCGAAACAGGUUUCGCACCGCCGACAACGAAGACCCUCCAUCGCUCUACUACGCGCGAACCAAAAAUGCCGUUUGGAUAGCCUCCGAGCCGCUGGAUGCGCCUCUGCCGUUUUCCGACUGGGUAACGACGCCGGCGAAGAAGAAAAACGAGGCCGACACCAUCGAGCCCCAACUCGCGUACGACUACGACGACUUGAGCGGCAGUGUGGUGGUGGAAGGCAGUUUAUACUCCCCCGAGUACGGAACGGAACCAAGAAUCUGGCAGUCGCUGGCCAAAGACGAGCUGCUCAUUUACGAGCGGAGCACCGACACACUCAAGUUUGAGUGCCUGUCCGCAGCCUGCGAGCUGGAUAAGAGGGAGCGGAAAAAGAAGAGAAAAAAACGCAUGCUGAACGGACUCAGCGUCUUUUCGCCGAAACGAAUUUAUAACUCGCUCUUCGGAGACCGGCCGGGGGCGGACGACCUGUAGAUUGAUGCAUGUCCACCGUAGGGGUUCGUUGUAGCAGCGGAAAUGAGGAUGGACGCCACUGCAGUAGAUACAAUGACGCGUGUCCACUGUCCACUUUCUUAGCCCCAUAUGGAGUUUUUUAUCCCCUGCUUCCUCGAGCUCAAGCCGGGUUCAAAACUGCGCGCACGCAUGAAAUUCCUGUUCUUCUUCACGAGAAAAUCAAAAUACAAAAAUGCAGCUCCAUUGUUUAGAGCACCGUAAACGCACGAGAGGAGCAAGAUUCCAGGUACAAGCAU